AUGGGGACACAGUCCAGCAAGGAAGUUGGAAACAACUCACAGUCUGAAGGUAUUCCAUGGGAGUCUGAAUAUGUUGCUUUUGCACAAGAAAAUGGGCUGGGAAAUAUUUUAGGAUACACUUGGGUUGCCUUAAGGAAUUCAUCAACAGAUAAGAUAAUGCUGAAAAGGAAUUGACUCAAUAUUCCUAAUGUAGGCUACAACCAAUUUCUUAGAGAACUUGCAGAUGAUCAUAAUUUUGUUAUAAAAUAUUUAAGCACAGAAGAGCCGAGUGUUAGUGGACAGUACCAGUGUCUUGCUGAACUUUCAAGCAAUCCAGUUCCAGUUUGCCAUAAUACUGGGAUCUCUUGGGGUAAUGCAAACAAUGAUGCUGCUCAUAAUGUACUAUAGUAUUUAAAGAUUAUGGCUGGAAGAAAAUAA